UGUCAGUUUAAAUGUCAUCUUAAGACAUUUUAAAAAGAUGCACAAAUUUUAAAUUUAAACAAGUAUAUUUUCUUAAUAAAAUAUGUGGAAAGCCGUUAGCAAAAGCACUGGGGAUGUAUUUUACAUGCUACCAGAGAAGGAGAAGUAUACUGUUGGAAGACAAAACAGUGAUUUAAAUAUAAAAAAUGAUUCUUCAAUCAGUAGAAAUCACGCUUAUUUGUUACCAUCACUUGAUUACAUUGAAGCUAUUGAUGUAGGUUCUAAAUUCAAUACGUACUGUAAUGAAAACAUUGAAAAUAAAAUUCCAAUGGAGAAGAAUCAAGGAUAUAAAUUAAAAGAUGGCGAAAGAAUUAAGUUUGGCCAAAUGGAUAGUGAAUAUGUAUUGACAAAAAUGAAAAUCGUGACGGUUCCAUCAGCUUUAAGUUCGAAUGAAAAGCAAAUUUUAGCAAAAAUUAUGAGCAUUAUAAGAGGACAAAUUGAAGAUGAAGUAACCCCAAAGUGCACACAUUUAACAAUGAGUGGAAUCACUAUAACAAUAAAACUGUUACAUGCUCUCUUAGAGGGUAUUUCAAUUGUUAAUUUAAAUUUUUGGAAAGACUAUUUGGAAUGCUUAAGAAGUGGAGAAAAUUUACCGGACCCACAAAAAUAUAUUCCGGAUGUAGCAGAAAAUUUUAUGAAUAUAACGAAAGAAAUGCUUUCGUUUAAAGAAGAACGUAAAACACUAUUUCGGGAGAAGAUUUUCGUUUUUCUCAAUAAAAAUAUUUAUGAAAUCUACAAUCCAAUUAUAACAAAGGCUGGUGGACAAACAAAAAUAUUGAAAAAUGUACCACUUUCUGAUUUGAUAAAAAAGAAUAUUGUGGUGAUUCAAAACACUUCUACAACGCAAAGUGAGGACACAGAUCAAUUGCUGGAUAAAAUUUCAGAAUAUCUUAAAAAGCAUCAUCUUAGAUUAAUUCCUGAUUAUGAAAUAGGAAUAGCAUUAGUAAAUUGCUCCAUUCAGAAGUAUUGUAAUGCUCAAUACAGUUUCGAAAGAGAAAUUUUCAAAGAAAAGAACGCAGAAUUUGGCUCUACGGAGUCCCAAAACAAUGAUAUUAUAGCUAGGGAAACCCCAUUAUCAGAAAUGAAAGAUAAAAAACCUCGCAAUCAUUUACCAGAUAUCGAAAUUCCGGAGAGUGUUGGAAGUGCAGUUUACGACCUAACAGAAUCAGAUGCCGAAGAGUCUGAAAAAAUAAACUCAGAAAAUAUUGAUCAAGAUUCUCAAGAAGUUAUUUUAAACAUAGUUGCAGGGAAAGAAAAUAAAAAUAUGGAAAAUAAUAAGUUAAGUGAAAAAAAUGAUGACAGCUCACAAGAUUUAUUGGAUAAACCAAGUGCAGAUUUUCAAAACAAGAGAAAACGCGAAGCAAGCCCGAUAAACAAUCAGAACAAAAAAAUUAAUUUAGACACGGGAAAUAAAUCAGAAUUCAGUUCAAUUUCAAAAUCUAAUGCUUUGUCUGGCUUUUUGGAGAAAAGCUUAAUAAGAAAAAAUGUUGAAAUGUCUAAACCACAGGAUCCUUCUAGUCAGUGUUCAUCUCAAGCUUCUAUAAGUCAAAAGAAACGUGGACGUUUUGCAAAUUUGGAUAGUGAUGGCGACGAUGAAGGUGAUCUUUUUGAUUUCGGCAAAUCAAAAAGUAAGAAAAGUCGGCCUAACAUUGAUAGUUCUGAAGAUGAUGUUGAUCAGGGUGGUAAUAACAGUGAAAAUGAACUAUUUAAUAUAAGAAAAACCAGCAACUCUAUUCAAGCUUCUCGAGGAAAUGUGUCCCCACCAAAAGAUUUAAAUGAGGUCUCCAAAACUGUAAAUUCAACCAUGUUAAAAAAUGGUACAAAGCAAGGUUACACAAAUGAAUGGAAAAAAUCAAAUGUUCCUGAAGAACCAAUAUUAAUUUCUGGUUGGUUAUGUAAAAAAAUGAUCAAAAUCAAAAUUAAAGAUGAAAACGAUCAAAUCAAAAUUAAAGAUGAAAUAAGUACUACAGAUGAUACAGAUAUAACAUGUAAAGAAAAUGCAAAUGUAACAGUAAAAAAAGAAAAUCAAACAAAUUGGAUUGAAUCUUUAAAUGGUGGUUUUCAAGUUCGUGUUAAGGAAAUGCAUUUAAUUUCUAAAUGUCCAGCAGCAUCGAAUACUGUGCAGCCAUUUGAGGAUAGUAGUUCUACUAUAAGUACAACAAAUGGAAAAAAUUUCAAAGCUUUUACAAAAAAACAAAAUUUCAUACCUCAAAAGGAAAUUUUAACAACAGUGCCGCAUCACGUAACAGGCUUUUCAUUUUAGGAGUGUGUAUUGUUGCUACAUUAAUUUUUUUACUUUUUUGUAACAUUUAACUAUAACAGAAUUAUUAAAUGUUUUAUUAUAACGAAAUAAUUAUGAUUUAAGUGUGUAAAAGUUUAGUUUAUAAAUGCAUUCCGAAAAAAAAACAUUUACAAAAUGCAAAGCAAAUAAAACACAUUUUGUCAUAGCUUUUUAAUAUUUAAACAAAAUGAUAAAGCUACUUAAUAUCGUGUGUAUCAGAUUAGAGUACGUUCUUUUAUAUUUUUCUAAAGAUAAGUUAUACAAUGUAAUAAUUAUAUAAAUGGUAAAACUACCGAAUAUUUUUGUCUUGUUUGAUACUUUAAUAUUUAAGAGUGAAAUAAACUUAUAUAUAUUUUUUUUUUUCGUUUUCAUAUCAAUAAAUUUUAUUACCAUUCAUAUAUGAAUUUGGUAUAAAACAAAAAACAACAUUGCAAUAUUUUUUAUUUGAUUUUGUGAGCCAUAUAAAUUUUCAUAUAUUAACAAUUUCAUAGAAUUAUAAUUAAACAUUUAGUUAAACAUAUAAUUCACGUAAAUAAAAUUGUAUACAUAAAAAUAUUAUAUAGGUGAUGUAAAAAAGUUGUGUAGGUUAUAAGAACUUUAAUAAUUAAUAGGCAUCUCCUAUAUAACAAAAAUAAAAAGCAAAUAAUUUUUUUUGAAGCUUAUUAGAACUUUAAUUACUGCUCACAGUAUUACUUUAGUAAGAAAAUUCAUAUUUUCCAGUUUAAAAAUUAAGUAACAAAUAUCAAAUUGAAAAUUAUUUAGAUUUGCCUAUAUAUUUAUGUAUAAGCUUAUGUAAAAAGUAAAUUUUAAUUAAUUUUUUUUAAUGCUUAAAAAAGAUUUUUAAGUUAAAGAUAAUGGAAGGAUUGAUUUUUUUUGUUUUUCAUUUUAAUAUCUCAAUUAACAAAUAAUAAAACAUCAAAAUGCAUAAUCUAAUGUAUGUACAAAAAUAUUGUAAACAAUAUAUUGUAAUAUUUUUCAUAAUAUAAUGAAUGAUAAUUCGAAUAAAUGACAUUAAAAAUAAAAUAAA